AUGAGUGAUCAGUGUCAAUACCUCCGGGCCACCAUCUCGUGCGCAGACGUGUUGGAGCGUCAAGCCAUGUCGAUGUCCUCACCACAUUCCCUCCUGAGCUCUCUUCCGUCUGGGCAACAUGACCUCCCUCUCCCUGGUAACGCCUCGCAGCUGCCAUCUGGCGCUCCCUCACCUGCCAUCACUCAGUUACCAUGUAUUGACGGCAACCACGUGCAACCCCCCAUACCUGGUACUCCAGCAUCAACCACUGAAGCCACUGCACCACUGCCGAGCCCUUUGCCACUGAGCCCCCAGCGGCCUGCUCCAAUUGGGGUUCUGGUUUGCGCAAUCGGUGAGUUCCGCGACGACAUGGCCAUCACUCAAAAGGUUAUCAAGAGACAACUUGGCAUCCAGGCGACGGACAGGCGUCCCGCCUGGCGAUACCUCGACCAAACCAAGGGGCAGCACAAAGAGCAGUUCGACGAGGACGAGUUUGCUGGUCCCGACCAAACCAUGAACGGCCAUGAUGCAAUAGAACGCGUUCAAGGACUGGACCCUACGUUCAAAAGUCCGGUGUCCGCCGACCCGUCGCUCUGUCACUUGAAACCCCUCAGCCAACAAGAGUAUGACAACCUGAUUCCUACUACAUUUGUCGUCGCUCCCUUCCCAGGCAAACAGGAAACCUGGGCCAGCAUUCUCCAGGGCACCACAGAUUUGCCCCUCUCACCCAGGCCAGCGACUUUAUCAGGGUACCGAGUGGUGAAGCUCGCCAAGUCUCCUGAUCUUCGAGACCAAGUUGCCCCGCUUCCUGAUGGCAAGUCGACUGACUUCCCUGUCCACCUUGACACCAACGUCCAGGCGCGACAUUGGCUUCCUGCUAUCGAGAAGAAGAGGGUCCCGAACGAGCACCUCAUUCGACAGAUCGAGCUCAAGUGCAACUUCACAAUUCCCCGCAACACACUGGGGCUUUACACUAUCUUCUGGUCUCCGACCACAUCGACAGACGACAUUUGGCGUAUUGCCAUUCGUGCCGAUUUAUUUUUCAGGUUUGUCUGUGGCAAGGGCAACUACUCUGUCAACUGCGGUCUCCUGUCCUUGAUCUGCAUUUGGGCCUUAAACCUCGCCCAUCACGGUGGCCGUGACCCGUUGUCGGGGCUGGCACUCUUCUUCGGUUAUUCGCCUUACCAUACCCUCAACCCUUCGUUCGCGGCUCAACAGGUGCACAACGCGCCCUUCGACUAUGGCUGGGAAAACCAGUUCCCUACCAAAAUCUCCCAGUAUCGGCCCGAACAGCGUAAGUGUCGGGUCGAGGCAUGGCCUCAGAACCGAGGCGUUCAGUCGUAUCGCUACCCAACGAUUGUUGCCUACCAGUCACGGUCAACCGAGGCAGCUCAAGAGUUACUCGAUUGCCUCGCGAGGGCCGGCUUGAUCCCAGAGUUCAAGCUCCCCACAGCUUUCGAGAUGACACCAGAAUGCGCGGAAGAGUACAUGCUCAACGGUCUCUCCCCCAUCGAACUGCGCAAGAUGUUCCCUGCCGCCGCCGUGCCAUUCCGACCUAAGCUCAAGCAUGUGGUCGAGGUGGCCCGCGCCUUCAACAUCCGCCUGUCAUACUCCAAGGCCGAGAUAAAGGCUGCGGCCAUCGCCAAGGGACUGAGUGUGGAGCCUUGGACAACCUGGCUGGAGUUGCUUGACAUGCUCAAGGCCAAGGGUGUCUUCGCCAGCGCAUACUCGUGGAAGGACCAGGACGUCCUCAUGGAUCUCAUCGACAAGCACGUGCGUGACGAGCUGCUGCCUGAGCAGUACAACUCGCCCACGUUAAAGCGAGACCGAGGUCCACAGUCGAAGCGUCCCGCGCUCUACCAGAACAUGCGCAAGUUCUUGGUGGAAGCAGAGGUGGAGAAGACCAGGAAGACGGAUGCUCCUCGCAACCAAGCUGCGCAUCCGUCGGAACUACUCCUGUUCGAGUUGGAGGACCGUCUGGUAUACGAGCAAGGAGAAGACGCGGACGAAAUGGCCGCUCUGAAGCUUGUGCCGCUCACCGCGGUAUGCAAGACGCACGGGUUCUCCAAGGAUGUCGAGGCCGCUCCUACGGAAAGCGAUCUAUCUGGCCGAUGGCAUACUUCCGGACUUCUGUUUCGAGAAGACAACCCGAGUCGAGGAUGUUGGCCGCGAUAUCAACCGCGCCGCAAGCCCAAGGACCCCAAGAACGCCCAGGCCAAGGGGAAGUUCACGGCUCGUAGCAAGGACGCCUCCCAGGAUGACAAGUCGGAAACCCGCAUCGAGGAACAGAAGCCCACAUCGUCCAAGGCGAAGAAGCGUCGGCACCCAAGCCCAGGCUCAAGUGACAACGAAGAUAUCCCGCUCGUCAAGGUCUCUGCGUCCGCUGGCAAAAGCGCCGAGAACAAGCUUCACGACAUGGAUGCCGAGUGCAGCCGACGCAGCUCGAUGAUGGUAGACGAUGCUGACGAGGCUCUCGCCAUGCCUCACCCCCGCCCUCGCGCGCGGGCCAAGCGCGAUGAUCGAGUCGUACGCCGACGAGGCGAAUGGCACCCCUCACUAAAUGGAGGCUCACACGCAUGUACAGCUGCUAGUAACUUGUAA